AUGGCGGACGAGGAAGUCAACCUAUACGACGAGAUCGAAAUCGAAGAUUGUUUCUACGACGAGACCCUACAGAUAUAUCACCACCCGUGCCCCUGCGGCGACCGCUUCGAGAUUUCGAUAGCGGACAUGCGCGACGGCGAAGACAUUGCGCGAUGUCCCAGCUGCAGUCUGAUGAUUCGGAUAAUAUUCGAUCCAUCAGAUCUCCCACCAGAAUCCAAGGACGACGCUUCGCAGGCGAUUGCCAUACCCGCUUGA